AUGGUAUCCAAACCUCUUUCUCUCUUAAUUGUUUGUUUAAUCAUUGCUGCUUUAUUGGGCUUUGAUAUCAUUCAUGGAUGCCCAGAUUACCCUAUUCCAAUCGAAUUGGAUCAGAGUGAUGUUAGACUACAGAAUGCUUACUUGUUGGUAGAUCAGAUGAUACAGAAACAGAUGAGUGCAAAUGGAAUUAAGAGCUUUGUAGCAAGUAUUGUAUAUCGUGAUGAAAUGGUUUGGUCAAAGACUUAUGGAGUUCAAAAUCCACUCAAUGAUACUUCUCCUCCUCUUACUAUUGAUAGUCAUAUAGCAGUAGCAAGUGUAACAAAGGUAUUUACUGAUUUGAUGAUGUUCCAAAUGAGAGAUAGAGGAUUGAUUCAAUCAUUGGAUGAUCCAGUGACCGACUAUAUUAAAGAGUUUUCAAUUCUCGAUCCUUACAAACAAUCUCGAAAGAUUACAUUGAGAGAGUUGUCUUCACAUCAGUCUGGUCUUCCAAGAGAGUUGCCGUGUGCCGGACUGGGAAGUCAAUGCACCGAGGAAAUGAUCUUGUCGAUGUUGUCCAAGAUGUUCCUCGUGUUGCCACAAUACUCGGUGACACAUUACUCUAAUCUCGGUAUAUCAAUGCUCGGACAUGCACUAGCUCGAGCAGCAUCGCAACCAUACCAUACCUACGUGAAAAAGAAUAUUCUCGAACCUCUCGACAUGCACAAUAGCACCUUUUCAUUCAAACAAGCACUUCCAACAUUGGCAAUAGGUCUCACACUACUCCCUAACGGUUCCUACAUUGAGACACCACCUCCUCCCAUCGGAUGGGCUGGUCCUGCCGGUGGACUAUUUGCAACCACUCGUGACAUGUCUAAAUUCAUUGCUUUUUGGUUAUCAACUGAUGAUUAUAAUGAUUUCGGUAUCAUUAAUACAUACCAAGACCAAGACAAAGAAAAAAAAGACAAAAAAGAAAAAAAAGAAAAAAAAGAAAAGAAAUCAUCAAAACAACAAAAUAAGGAGGUUAAAGAAAUGGUUGUAUUAAAAAAUAAUACAACACCAAAAGUAUUAGCAAGUUCAACGAUAAAUGAAGCGUUGUCAGCUAUUAAUCUAGUAAAUGAUGGUGAGUCUGCUUACGGGACACCAUUUGAAAUGUACUAUGAUCAAACCAACCAAGUUUGGUUAAAAGGAAAACAUGGUGUUCACGUAGGUGUACGAUCACAGAUUCUAUUGGCAAAGCAGUAUAAACUAGGUCUAUUCUUUUCAGCAAUGUUGAAUUUAAAUACACCAGAUGUAUUUACACAAGCUGCAAUGGAUAUAUUAUUACCAGUUUAUCAAACUCUAUUAUUGGAACAACAAUCACCUCUUCAACAAAAUCAACUAAAACAACAAAAACAACAUACAACCAAUGAUGACCCAAGAGAAUUAUAUGUUGGUGUUUAUGGGUUAUCUGGACUUCCCAUGUUUGUAGUAUGGAUUGAUCAAUCUACCAAUCAACUCAUGGCAACUGGAUUCUCUUUACCAAAGUUUAAUGUUUCUAAAUUCUUGGAUGAGUAUCCAUUGGUACUAAGAAUAGAAAUAUCACAACCAUCAAAAUACAUUUGCAAGGAUGUUGUUGACGGUUACAAUUAUGAAUUGAUUUAUUUUACUUUGGAUGAAAAUAAUUCAACUCAAUGUUCAAGUCUUUUAUUCAUGGGUCAAUUAAUGACUCUUCAAUCUAAAAAAAAUACUAAACAUCUUGUUGAAAAUGGUUUCGAUUAUACUAAAUUGACUGAACAACAACAAUCAGAAAAAUAUAUUCAACCACAACAGCAUCAACAACAUGGAUACAACAGCAACCAUAAUCAUGUUAAAAAAGAUCAAAUAUAUAAUCAAUGGUUAAACAAUAUAAAUAUUAAUUAA